CGCCUCUUCGCUCGCCUCUGAGCCGGGAGCGGAGCCGCGCCGCGGGAGCGCGCCAUGGCCUCGCCAGUGACCCGGCUGCUCCUGCCACUGGGCCUGCUGCUCCACGCUGCCCCGGCCCUCGGGUCCAGCGCGUUCCGGAUGACGCCGCGGGAGGUGAAGGGGAGCCAGGGCCACCGGGUGGAGCUGCGCUGCGAGGUGCUGCUGCCCACGUCGGGCUCGGGCUGCUCCUGGCUGUUCCAGAAGCCGGGCGCCGCCAGCAGCCCCGCCUUCCUCAUGUUCAUCUCCAAGACCCGCGACAAGACCGUCCAGGCGCCGGACCGCAGCGGCUUCUCGGGCAGGAAGAUCAGCAACGACGUCUACAGCCUCACCCUGGACAGCUUGCGCAAGGAGGACGAAGGCUACUAUUUCUGCUCGUUCAUGAGCAACUGGGUCCUGUACUUCAGCCCCUUCGUGCCCGUCUUCCUGCCAGCCAAUCCCACCACCACGCCGGCGCCGCGACCGCCCACGCUGCCGCCGGCCACCAACGCGUCGCGGCCGGCGUCCCCGCGCUCGGAGGCCUGCCGGCCGGCCGCUGGCCCCGCAGCGGACACCAGGGAACUGCCCUUCGCCUGCGUCAUCUACAUCUGGGCGCCGCUGGCUGGGGCCUGCGCGGUCCUCCUCCUGGCUCUGAUCGCCACCGUCGUCUGCAGCUACAGGAACCGAAGGCGCGUUUGCAAAUGUCCCAGGCCCCUGGUCAGGCCCGGAGGCAAGCCCAGCCCUUCAGAGAGAUACGUCUAAGAUGGUGAGGGGCCCCGGGCAACAGCCACUACAAGACUUCAAACAGAACUCUCCUUACAAGGGCAGCAACAGCCCUUCCCUUGGGUUUUUCACCUUCUUUAUGUAUUCAUUCUUGUUCUUAUCACUUUCGUUGGGUGGAGGGGUGGAGGGUUACUUUGUCUUUAAUUGACACAAAACAAUACCUGCCGUGGGGUUGCAAUGCUGCCGCGCGCACGUAUUGGGGGAAAGGGCUGGCUGUGCUCUCAGCACGGCGGUUAGAGCUGGGAGGGCCUCCCCAUCACUUGGUCCAAACCUCCUCCUUGGCCAUUCUGCAGAGGAGGCUCAAGUGCAGGGGGUGGGGGGGAGGCUUGAUCAGAGUCACGGCUGGGCCCCUUCUCCACACCCUUCAGAUCAUCCUUCUGGAGGCCUCUGGCUCAGCAUGCGGUUCUGUGUCUCAAACCGCAAGGGAGCAAGUCAUUUCUUGAGAGACCCACCACUGCACGCAGGACCCUGAGAAGAUCAUGAAAUAAGGGAACGUCUGCCUCUCACAGAGUUCUGCAAUGUGGCUGGAAAGGAUGCAGGUUUUUACAAUCAAGUUGUGUAGCCAGUAGGGACUCCUCAGAUGAACUGGGAGAGGUGAACCGAGUCCUGGAAAAUGAAUUCACUCAAUCUCUAAAGAAAAUCUCUGUGAAAGAUUUAAGAAGAAAAUCUCCGUGAAAUCCCUAAGUGGAGGCAAAAUUGUUCUCCCAGAUCUUCAUUGCAGAGGAACCCAUGAAAGAGGAGAGGACACCCCUUUACCACUAUGUUUUGAGCAUCAGGAAAGCUGAAUGGAGAUCCCUUGGAUCUCUGAACUUCAGAUGCCGUGUUUGAACAUGCUCCUGGGGUCCCUGCUGACUUCUCGGUCUGUAAAGGCAGGAUCGUUAGAGAGCUGGUCUCCCCUGGAUCAGGUGAGGAUGUGGCAGAGCAGACUCUGCCCUGGUGAGGAGUGAGGAAGCUAAAUGGCUAAACUGUUGCCUACACACCCAUUUCCUCUCUCAUGGUGUUGCCCAGAAAAGUGCGCUCACUGGAAGAAAAAACUUAGACAAGGAAAUAAGAAUCACCCAUAAUUCUGUGCCUCCAGUAUAAUCCAUGUUAAUAUUAGGCUGUACUUCUUCUGAUUAUUGUCUAUGCAUAUAUGUAAAAUAUAUACUUUGCUUUUUAUUAAAAAAUGGGAUUGCACUAUGCUUUAAUAAAAAACAUUUAUGGCAUACUUUUUAGUGGCAAAAUAAUAUUCCAUUUUUGGUUGUGCCAUCAUUUAUUUAACU